GGCGCCCUCACUCUGGGCCUCUCACUUCCGCCCAGGUGAGCGAGUGCGGACGCCGAGCCCUCCAGGGGCUCCCACCCGCGCCUCCGCAGGACCAGGUUUCUUUAAAAGUGAUUAAAGUAAUUAAUCCGAAAUGCCUGAAAAUCCUGCCACAGAUAAACUGCAGGUCCUGCAGGUCCUUGAUCGCCUGAAAAUGAAAUUGCAGGAUAAGGGUGAUACGUCACAGAAUGAGAAGCUGAGCAUGUUUUAUGAGACACUAAGGAGCCCUCUCUUCAACCAGAUACUCACGCUGCAGCAGUCCAUCAAGCAACUGAAGGGGCAACUCAGCCAUAUACCCUCAGAUUGUUCAGCCAGCUUUGAUUUUUCUAGAAAAGGUUUGUUAGUGUUCACGGAUGGUUCUAUUACAAAUGGGAAUGCCCACAGGCCCUGUAAUAAUUUAACUGCAUCUGGAUUGUUUCCUUGGACUCCAAAGUUGGGAAAUGAAGACUUUAACUCAAUCAUUCAACAGAUGGCUCAGGGCCGGCAAAUUGAAUAUAUAGAUAUAGAACGACCUUCAACUGGAGGCCUUGGAUUCAGUGUGGUGGCUCUUAAAACUCAGAAUCUAGGAGAAGUUGACAUCUUUGUGAAGGAAGUACAUCCAGGGAGUGUAGCAGACAGGGAUCAAAGAUUAAAGGAGAAUGACCAGAUUUUGGCCAUUAAUCACACACCACUGGAUCACAAUAUUUCCCACCAGCAAGCAAUUGCAUUAUUACAACAAACGGCUGGAUCUCUGCAUUUGGUUGUGGCCAGGGAACCAGUCCACACAAAAAGCAGGACUUCUACCAGCUCAGCUGAUACAACUCUGCCUGAAACAGUUUGUUGGGGCCAUGUUGAGGAUGUCGAACUCAUUAAUGAUGGCUCUGGAUUAGGAUUUGGAAUAGUUGGAGGAAAGUCAAGUGGUGUGGUUGUGAGGACCAUAGUUCCUGGAGGAUUAGCUGAUCGAGAUGGAAGACUUCAGACAGGAGACCACAUCUUGAAGAUUGGUGGCACGAAUGUGCAGGGAAUGACUAGUGAGCAAGUUGCCCAAGUGCUGAGGAAUUGUGGGAAUUCAGUCAGGAUGCUUGUGGCUAGAGACCCAAUCGGCAAAAUUUCAGAAACGCCUCCGACUCCUCCAGCCUUGCCUGUUACCCUGCCUGCUGUUGCCAACAUAAGCCCUUCCUCUGAUAAUUCUUCUCUUUUUGAAACUUACAAUGUUGAACUCAUUAAAAAAGAUGGACAGAGUCUUGGUAUUAGAAUUGUUGGCUAUGUUGGAACAUCUCAUACAGGGGAAGCUUCAGGGAUUUAUGUGAAAAGUAUAAUACCUGGCAGUGCUGCAUACUACAAUGGCCAAAUCCAAGUGAAUGACAAAAUAGUUGCUGUUGAUGGUGUGAAUAUUCAGGGGUUUUCGAAUCAGGAUGUUGUUGAAGUAUUACGAAACACAGGGCAGUUGGUGCACCUAACCCUACUUCGCAGGAGGACGCCCUCAUCUGCUUCUCCCCUUGAAUGGCCUCCAGACAGGGGAACCAUUGUAGAACCACCAAAACCGCCAGCCCUCUUUUUAACUGGAGCAGUGGAAACAGAAACUAAUUUGGAUGCAGAAGAUGAAGAAAUUGAAGAAAGAAUGGAUAAGCAAAAAAAGGACAACAUACACACCUUAGAAAAAUUGGAAAGGGUCCUAAACUCUCCAGAAAAUGAACUAAAAUCCAGAUGGGAAAACCUACUGGGCCCUGAUUAUGAAGUAAUGGUUGCUACUUUGGACACACAGAUUGCAGAUGAUGCUGAGUUACAGAAGUAUUCAAAGCUGCUGCCUAUCCACACUCUGAGGCUGGGUGUGGAAGUGGAUUCCUUUGAUGGGCACCAUUACAUUUCUUCAAUUGCUCCUGGUGGUCCUGUUGAUACGCUGAACCUCCUACAGCUAGAGGAUGAGCUUCUUGAGGUCAAUGGUGUGCAGCUUUAUGGAAAAUCUCGCAGAGAAGCAGUCUCCUUUCUUAAAGAAGUGCCACCCCCUUUUACCUUGGUUUGCUGUCGGCGGCUGUUUGAUGAUGAAGCCUCUGUAGAUGAACCAAUGACUACUGAAACCUCUCAUCCUGAGACAGAGAUUUACAACAGGAUAGAUGUCAAUACUGAAGAUGAUGAUGAUGGGGAAUUAGCCUUGUGGGCUCCUGAAGUCAAGAUUGUUGAGCUAGUAAAAGAUCAUAAAGGCUUGGGAUUCAGCAUUCUGGAUUACCAGGACCCUUUAGAUCCCACAAGAUCAGUGAUUGUGAUCCGCUCCCUGGUAGCAGAUGGUGUAGCAGAAAGAAGUGGAGAACUUUUACCUGGAGACCGUCUGGUUUCAGUCAAUGAAUACUGUUUGGACAAUACCACACUUGCUGAAGCCGUGGAGGUACUGAAGGCUGUACCUCCAGGCACUGUACACCUUGGCAUCUGUAAGCCUUUGGUGGAAGACGAGAAAGAAGAAAGUUAUGUUUUACAUUCAAACGGUAAUGAAGACAAGAGUGAGCUUUCAGGAACGAUUCUUGAUAUGAACUCAUCUUUAAUACUUGAAGCACCCAAGGGAUUUAGAGAUGAACCCUAUUUUAAAGAAGAACUUGUGGAUGAGCCAUUUCUAGAUUUGGGAAAGUCUUUCCAGUCUCAACAAAAAGAAAUAGACAACAGCCAGGAAGCCUGGGAAAUGCACGAAUUCCUGACUCCUCAAUUGCAGGAAGUGGGCGAAGAAAGAGAAAUGCUUGUUGAUGAAGAAUAUGAGCUAUAUCAAGAGCACUUGCAGUCUAUGGAGUUAUAUACCUCUUCCAAUAUUCAAGAGGCCUCUCCUGUGCCCUCCAGGCAGGAACUCCAUUUUGGUACACAGUGGUUACAUGAUAGCCACUCAGGUGGAGAAUCACCCGAGGCUGGGAAUGCAGGACCUGUGAUGAACAUGUACUCUCAGGGGACACCGCAGUACAGCUACAGCCCUGACCACACGAUGAAAGAACAUUUUGGCAUGGAUUCCCUCCCAUCCAUGCCCUCCACUGAAGGAAAUGGUCAACAUAGCAGAUUUGAUGACAUGGAAAAUCUUCAUUCACUAGAAAAAAGCAGUUUGGAUUUAGGCAUGAUGAUUCCAGAUGAUGUCCAAGGUCCUCGUAUGCUCACUGCUCUUCCUGCUGUGACUCAAAGAAAGGAGCAAGAAGAUUUACAUUUAUACCAACUUCCGAGGACUCGAGUUAUUUCAAAGACCUCGGUAUACCCAGGAAUGCUGUCUUCCAGAUAUGCCACGGAUGCAUGUGAGUUACCUGAGAGAGAAGAAGGUGAAGGAGAAGAAACACCAAACUUCAGCCACUGGGGUCCACCAAGAAUCGUUGAGAUUUUUAGAGAACCCAAUGUGUCCCUUGGUAUCAGUAUUGUUGGUGGACAAACAGUUAUAAAACGCCUGAAGAAUGGAGAGGAACUUAAAGGUAUAUUCAUCAAACAAGUUCUAGAAGACAGUCCAGCAGGAAAAACAAAUGCACUUAAAACUGGAGAUAAAAUUCUGGAGGUGUCUGGAGUAGAUUUGCAGAACGCCUCGCACAGUGAAGCCGUUGAGGCCAUUAAGAACGCAGGCAACCCUGUGGUGUUCGUGGUUCAGAGUUUAUCAUCUACUCCAAGAGUCAUUCCUAACACACAUAAUAAGGGCAACAAAAUCACCAACAACCAGAACCAAGACAUCUCAGAAAAAAAGGAAAAGAGGCAAGGAACAGCUCCACCUCCUAUGAAACUGCCACCUCCUUACAAAGCUCCGUCUGUGGACAGUGAUGAAAAUGAAGAAGAUGAUGCAUUUACUGACAAAAAAAUCAGUCAAAGGUAUGCAGACCUACCUGGAGAACUGCACAUUAUUGAACUUGAAAAGGAUAAGAACGGGCUGGGACUCAGCCUUGCUGGCAAUAAAGACAGGUCACGGAUGAGCAUAUUCGUGGUGGGAAUUAACCCAGAAGGACCCGCUGCAACAGACGGACGAAUGCGAAUUGGAGAUGAACUGUUAGAGAUAAAUAAUCAGAUCCUCUAUGGAAGAAGUCACCAAAAUGCAUCUGCCAUUAUUAAGACUGCCCCAUCCAAGGUCAAACUUGUUUUCAUCAGAAAUGAAGACGCAGUCAAUCAGAUGGCCGUUCCUCCCUUCCCGCUGCCGUCAAGCUCCCCAUCUUCUAUUGAGGAUCAGAGUGGCACAGAACCUGUUAGCAGUGAGGAAGAUGGCAGCCUGGAAGUUGGUGUUCAACAAUGGCCCGAAAGUGAAAGCCCCAACCUGGCUGCCAACCAGAUGAAACAGCAAAAUAUUCAACAAAAGCCUCCUUCAGUUCACAAGGAAAUACCGUUAGCGCCAACUCCAUCAUACCAUUCAGCGGAUGCCAACUUCACAGGCUAUGGUAACUUCCAGGCUCCUCUGUCAGUGGAUCCUGCAACGUGUCCCAUUGUUCCCGGCCAGGAAAUGAUUAUAGAAAUAUCCAAGGGACGCUCAGGGCUUGGUCUCAGCAUUGUGGGAGGAAAAGACACACCCUUGGAUGCUAUUGUCAUACAUGAAGUCUAUGAAGAAGGAGCAGCAGCCAGAGAUGGAAGACUUUGGGCUGGUGACCAGAUAUUAGAGGUUAAUGGGAUUGACCUGAGGACCUCCAGCCACGAGGAAGCCAUCACAGCCCUGAGGCAGACCCCCCAGAAGGUGCGACUGGUGGUGUACCGAGACGAGGCGCACUAUAGGGACGAGGAGAACUUGGAGGUCUUCCCUGUGGAUCUGCAGAAGAAGGCCGGCCGAGGACUGGGCCUGAGCAUCGUUGGGAAACGAAAUGGAAGCGGAGUGUUUAUUUCUGACAUCGUGAAAGGUGGAGCCGCAGACCUGGAUGGGAGGUUGAUCCAGGGAGAUCAGAUCUUAUCUGUGAACGGGGAGGACAUGAGAAAUGCCUCCCAGGAGACCGUGGCUUGUCUUCCCAAGUGUGCACAGGGGCUUGUGCAGCUCGAGAUGAAGACUCGGGCCGGUUCCUGGGCCUCCUCGAGGAAGACAUCGCCCAACAGUCAGGGGGAUCCACACAGCACACACAGCAGCUGUCGGCCGUCCUUGGCCCCUGUCAUCGCUGGCAUACAGAACCUGGUGGGAACAAAAAGAACUUCAGAUCCUUCCCAGAAAAGUUCAGGCACAGAUAUGGGACCAAGGACUGUUGAGAUAAUAAGAGAGCUCAGCGAUGCCCUUGGAAUCAGUAUUGCAGGAGGAAAAGGAAGUCCCUUAGGAGAUAUCCCUAUAUUUAUUGCCAUGAUCCAGGCCAGUGGAGUGGCGGCUCGCACACAGAAGCUUAAAGUUGGAGAUCGGAUUGUCAGCAUUAAUGGGCAACCUCUGGAUGGGCUGUCUCAUGCCGAUGUGGUUAAUCUGCUGAAGAACGCCUACGGGCGCAUUAUCCUGCAGGUUGUAGCAGAUACCAAUAUAAGUGCCAUUGCCACUCAGCUUGAAAACAUGUCUGCAGGCCACCAUUGUGGCUCACCCACUGCUGACCAUCCUUUGGAAGACACAGAAACACCUCCACCUAAGAUUAUUACUUUGGAGAAAGGCUCUGAAGGAUUGGGGUUUAGUAUUGUAGGGGGUUAUGGAAGUCCCCAUGGAGACCUGCCAAUUUAUGUCAAGACUAUAUUUGCAAAGGGAGCAGCUGCAGAUGACGGCCGAUUAAAGCGUGGUGAUCAGAUUUUAGCUGUUAACGGUGAGACCCUGGAAGGUGUCACUCAUGAGCAAGCUGUCGCCAUUCUAAAACACCAGAGAGGGACUGUAACCUUAACAGUGUUGUCGUGAGUCCCAGGCCCUGAUCAUAAGACAGAUGUUGUUGUUUAGAAUAUCCAUAGGAAGACCAAGUCCAGGGAGAUGAUAAAAAGCCACCUCGAGUAAAAUUUACCAUGUUUGUACCAUCUCAUUCUCUCUGCUCAGGAGAGAGGCUGACGUUCCAAGUGAUUUUCCUGAAUCAACAGUCAUCUGCCUGAUUUUUUUCCCCAGCUUCUGUCCCCUCUGGUGAGGUUGAUUUCUAAAGUCUGAAUGAACAAGUCUUUCCUGCUUUGUUUUGUUUUUGCCAUUCAGCACUGCAGCAGCGUCUUUCCCUUAACAUCAGUGUUUGCCAGUUAGCAGUAACUGGUUCUAAUAUAUCUGCUGAAACUGGAAUUAGGGCCUCCUGUUCCUUACCGCUUCUCCCCCGCCCCGCCCCGUUCAGACAGACGCCGAACAGCAGCUCAGCUCUCAUGUGAUGAACAGAAGCGAAUGCUAAGCCACUUGUCAUCUCACUCAUGAUUUAUUUGUGCUAAUUGUCUCUUCAAGUAAGCCAGCAAACAUUAGCAGUGUAAUUAAGUUCCCCAUGAUGAAAGACCCAUAUUCUCCAAAGGGAAAUUGCUGUAUUCUCUUCUGUAUGACUUAUAGUCAAAUAAGUCUCAAAUUCAUUUCUCUGGAUGGAACUUUACAUGUUAGUCAUUGGUGAUUUUGAUGAGUCAAUUUGCAAACUGUAAUCUCCUAAAGAUUCUGAAAGGCUUUCUAAUUGCUUUCUGAGCUAUAGAAGUGCACACCAUUGAGCAAGCGCACCUUACUCUUGGCAAGAACAGUUAACCUCCAUGUUCUGAGUUCUGACAGUGCUAACAGGCUCCAGUCUGUGAAGUUCAUCUGGAGUUAAUGGUGUCUCAGGCCAGCAUCAUUCCCACCCCUCAGUCUUCACACGAGGCGGAAGAAGAACACCCUGCAGAGGUCACCAAGCUUUGCCUCAAAUCAGAUGAGAUCUGGGUGGCUUUGGCCUUGUGCAAAGGAGAGCGACUAGUUGGAUUAUCCUUCCCUUUACCUCCAGACCAGCCAACACAACGGCACAGACUGCAGGAACUAGAUGGACGACAUGCUGGGCCAUUAAUAACCGAGCAAACCAACUGAGCCUAGGGAGCAGCGGGGAAACGCCUGCCCGCCCGCUGUUUCCUGGCCCCCAGGGUGCCUCUCUUUUGCUGAAGUUUGCUGUUCUGCGAAAGAAGCUACGGCAGAAAAUAUGAUAACUGUAACGUUGAUUGUGGGCAUUCUUGUUAACAUAGUAGCAGGAAAAGGGCGAAGAUGCUUAUCAGUGAACUUUCUAGGGUCCUCUAUAAAAACUUACCAUGAAGGAUAAUUACCAGAGUCAAUAAUAGAAGUAGUUCAGCACUAUUUAACUAUAAGACAAUGCUGCAAAUUGUUCAUAGUAAUUACCAAAAUUUAAUGGGCUUUAAUUUAAAAUCGUAUUUAAUAAAUGUAGAUUUUGCUGGGUGCCGUGGUGCACACCUGUAAUCCCAGCCACUCGGGGUGAGGGGGCUGAGGCAGGAGGAUGGCAAGUUUGAGGCCAGCCUCACCAACUUAGUGAGACCCUAACUCAAAAUUUAAAAAAAAAAGGACUGGGAUAGGUUCAAUUCCCAGUACCAGAAAAAUAAAUAAAUGAGUAUAGAUUUUAGUUGAAAAUUAUCUUUGAGUAGGUGUAAUCACAAUGUGCAUUAACUCUUGUUGGAAUACUUUGUGGCUAUUCCAAAGUAUAGAGUGCCUAAAUUUUAUGUUGAAAAUGUAUUUCAUGACUGGUGUCAAGUUUUUCAAGAUUACACACAGCUUUUGGAAUUUCUAAUACAUCCAGGAUCUCACCUUAAAAUGCAUGAGAAGCCACCAGCCUCAGAACAUUCUGUGUUAAUCAUGUCUGUAAGAACACCUCAGGUGGCCCAGAUGAAGAAAAGUCCAAUGACACUUGAAAAUGCACCUUAGAUAGAUAGAUAUGCACAUGAUUCUUUUGAAAUGUAAUUCUGCAUUUUGAUGGAAUGGCCAUUAAAUACACAUUUUGAAAUAGUCCAUGGUGGUUGUGUGUCUCUGGGGUCAUGCUAUUGAAAGCCUGUUAAAGGAAUUGUGAUACUCGCUGCUGUCAUAACUUGGCAGAGCUAGUGCUUCUCAUACCUGGUUAUGCCUCUUUGCAUCACUAAUAAAUAAUUGCCUUGCCCAAAAGUUUUUUGUUUUGUUUUGUUGUUUUUGGUAUCAGAACUUGCUGACAAGGUGAGAGGAUAUGAAGAUGGAAAUUUAUAAAGGAAGUAUUUUUCUUAUAGCCACAUAUAUUGUUCUGGCCUAAUCAUUUGGGCCAUUUAAGUAUAAUGAUGUCACUCAUUGCAGUUAGUAAAAUAAAACUGCUGAAUGUAUAUGUGAGAUGUUUCUAGAGAUUCUAAACAAAUAUAGUUGCCUAAGGCUCAGAAUCUUUUUGUAUGUGAAAAAAGUUUAAUUUAUGUAUCUGAUUUUG